UUCGCCUCAUGCGCUCGUGCAUCGAUCUGUUGGGCCUUUCGUCGGCUACCAUGGUUCACGCCUAUGCGAACUCCUCGAUCCAAGCAUGUCCGUGUUAUGCGCUUAUACCUCAUGCUCCUCGGGCUCACGCAGCUUCUUCGUGCGCGUAUCUUUGUGAACGUGUGAGCUCUUCUCGCGUGUACCCGCUCCUUUGCACAAGACAUCCGUCGACUGCCUCGUGUUCGCGUGGACUCGUGCCGCUUCUCAUGUGCUUGAGUUCCUCUCAUACGAGCUCGUACCCGCCUCUUGGGCCAUGCGUGCAUCGUUUUGGCCCUAUUUUUAGCGCGCAGGCAUGGGCGCACUGGGGCGCUGCGCAGGGGAACAGCGCGCGCAGUCACGCGCGCAGCGCGCAGACAGCACGC